UAUACAGGACGCCAUUGAGAAUAAUUCGUAUUUCAGUAAAUCCCCUAUUUACCAUUCUGGGGAUGUAAAUAAAGGAUUUGAAGAAUGUGAACAAGUUCUAGAAGGAGAAGUUUAUAUGGGAGCUCAGGAACAUUUCUAUCUGGAGACCCAAUCAUCUAUAGCUGUACCUAAAGAAAGAGAUGAAAUGGAUCUGUUCUCAGCCGGUCAAUUUCCAGGAGGAAUUCAAGAAACUGUGGCUAAAACACUUGAUAUACCGUUCAAUAAAGUUAAAUGUGUUGUAAAAAGACUAGGAGGCGGAUUUGGUGGAAAGGAAGUACAGAGCAUACCAAUAGCCUUAAUGGCAGCUGUAGCCGCCAAAAAAUAUAAUCUACCAAUGAGAUGUUGUUUAGAACGAAAUGAAGAUAUGGUGAUAACUGGGACCAGACAUCCUGUUACAGUCAAAUAUAAAGUUGGUUUUUCCAGUGAAGGACGUAUUACUAGUUUAGAUUUAAAUAUUUAUGCUAAUUGUGGUAAUUCGAUGGAUGUAUCCUUUGCCAUUAUGGGCGCCAUUAUGAUAAAAUGUGAUAAUGCUUAUAAGAUCCCCAACUUCCGUGUGACAGGUCAUCUGUGUAAAACUAAUAUUAGAUCUAAUACUGCCAUGAGAGCUGCUGGUAGUAUACAGGCCAUGUUUAUUAUAGAAACUGUUUUACAGCAUGUCAUAGAUCAGUUGGGAGCCGAACCCACAAAGGUUCGAGAAAUGAAUUUUUAUAAAGUAGGAGAUAGAACACAUGUCAACCAGAUUAUAAAAGAUUGUAAUAUUCAGUCAUGUUGGGAAGAAUGUUUAAACCAGAGUGAUUAUUACAACAGGAAAACACAAGUCGACCAGUUUAACAGGGACAAUCGAUGGAGAAAGAGGGGAAUUUCCAUAGUUCCGUUAAAAUAUGGCAUUUCAUUUGAAGUGAUACAAUUGAACCAAGCAGGUGCCCUGGUGAAUGUUUAUACUGAUGGAUCUGUUUUAUUAUCACAUGGAGGAGUGGAAAUGGGACAAGGUCUUCAUAUUAAAAUGAUACAGGUUGCUAGUGCAUCACUUGGUAUACCAUCAGAUAGAAUCCAUAUCAGUGAAUCUUCUACAAAUAUCGUACCUAAUGCACCACCUUCAGCAGCAAGUGUCAGUUCUGAUCUUAAUGGAAUGGCAAUAAAGAUUGCCUGUGAGACGUUAAGUAAAAGAUUGGAACCAUAUAAAAAUGAAAAGGGUUCGUCGUGGAACGAUUGGGUAAAGAAGGCUUAUGAAGAUCGUGUUAGUUUAUCAGCAACUGGAUUUUAUAAAGCACCUGAUCUUGGGCCUGAUCCCGCCACCAAUAGUGAGAAUAAAUUCAUGUAUUAUACAUAUGGUGCUGGAUGUUCUGAAGUUGAAAUUGAUUGUUUGACAGGUGACCAUACGGCUAUAAGAACAGAUAUUGUAUUUGAUGUUGGAACAAGUUUAAAUCCUGCUAUAGAUAUAGGACAGAUAGAGGGAGCUUUUAUGAUGGGUUAUGGUCUGUAUAUGCUGGAAAACUUCAAGAUUUCACCCAGUGGUCAGGUUUUAACACAAGGACCUGGUAAUUAUAAACUACCAGCUAUAAGUAAUAUACCUAAACAAUUCAAUGUUUCUCUAUUGAAAGGAAAACCAAAUGACAGAGCUGUUUAUUCAUCAAAGGCUAUUGGUGAACCGCCAUUGUUACUGUCUGUCUCAGUCUUCCUAGCAACCAAAUCAGCCAUAAUGGCGGCUCGACACGAGACUGGAAGACGUGGAUACUUCCGGCUGGAUAGUCCAGCUUCCCCAGACAAAAUACGAAUGGAAUGUCAAGAUGAAUUUACUAAACAAUUUCCUGUAGCUGAAGAAGGAACCUACACACCCUGGUUUAUAAAGCUGUAGGACUGUUGAAUUAUCGGUUAUUAAAUACCAAGGGGAAAUAACCUCUGAGAUAUUACUUAGAGAACAUAUCAUUGUCAGAUGUAAACAAACCAUUGUAAUAAAUAAAUUGAUGGGGUAUAAACAGUUUUACUGCCCCGGUGUUUGAAUUUCAACUCUAGACCAAAUUACAUGUUA